GCGACAUGAAGUCAUAGAUCGCUCAGCGAACAUGCACCACUGCUGCUCCUUCUCCGCAGGCAAUGGAGCGAGUUGAUAAUCGUUCGGUCAAUUGUUUGCAGAUUCCAUACAAUGUCCCGCGUAGCCAUGACAUCACGCCCUCAUGAUGUCAUGCCUAUUGUGACUCGAACCCCUUAUUUGAGGCUGGCCCUUUUCCUAUGAAGAAUCUGAUUGAUACGAAGGUUCUAAGCAGCAGAUAUACUUUAAUUUGACAGGUAUCUAUACGUGUGUAUCUCGAGAAACAAUCGUAGCGACAAAACAACAUUACCAACAACAACAACAAUGUCGUCCGGAAAGGCUCCUAGCGCUGGCAUGAAAGUCACCACGGGCAAGGACGUCCCGACAGUGCGCGAGACGGCAGGCCUGGUCGACUCGUCCUCUCUCGCAGCCGAAUCGACCCGUGCCGGCGGCACCUUUGCAUCAAACCCCGGCCAGCACGCCGAGCAACAACAACAGCAGUCUCAUCCCCAGCCCCAGUCCCAGUCUCAGUCCCGACCCCAGAGACAAGGCACAGGAUCGGCCCAAACCGCUGAGGGCGGCCAAAACCAGUCCCAGUCCUCCAAGGGACCCAAACAGUCCUCUCAGCAGGAGGGCUUCGUGAUCGGCACAGGCCGUUCUCUAGAUCCCGGCUCAGACAGCAUCAGCAAGGGAAGCAGCACCGCCGCAAACAAGACGACCUCCCUCUCCCUCGAAAACCAGCAAUCCUACGGCGGUAUUGCACCCUCGUACGCCCACGGCAGCCACUACGACCAGGAGCGGGCCGCGCACGACCGGCCCAAGGGCAAGAACCUCACCGAGGGCGGGUUUGAGGGGACCGGCACGGGACCCGGUCCGCUGCCGGAGCCCGGCAGCGACAUGGACCCCUCCCGGCUGGCGGAGCGGGCCAUGAUGGGCGGGGCUAAGAAGGCUCAUGGGGCUGGAGGUGAAGGGGCGGGUGUGAAGCAAGCGGGUAUUAAUGAUGAUAGAAGGUACGCGCCGCUUGGAGGGGAUCAGGAUGCUUAGACUCGUUCAGCCAUUCAAAUGUAUUGGAGAGAAUAGGGGCGUGGGGGUACAUGAGGGAAAAGUGUCAUAUGGUAUGUAUAGUACUUCCGACGGAGGGGAACUGGAGGCUGUGAUACUGGCUCUGUCAUGUCAGAUUCAAGUCAGUGAUCACAAUCACGAGAUGUAGGGACAGAAAUUUGAUUGCUUACCUUACCAGCGUAAGCUGUAUCUGGGG